AUGGAGUUCAACAAACCAGACCCACUGAAGAUGACGGGUAACUUGGUUGAAAAUUUUCGAAAUUUCAGAUAUCAACUACAAAUGUAUUUUAAUGCAACUGAAUGUCAUUCAAAAGAGGAAGCUACGCAAGUGGCAAUAUUAUUAGACCUUUUGGGGUCGGAUUGUUUAAAAAUUUACAACACUCUCAAAAUUCCCAGUAUAACUGUAUUUGAAAUUUUGAAAGCGUUGGAGGCUUAUUGCAUACCGCCAAGACGUAAUGAAACUAUGCAACAAUACAAAUUUUUUACACGGAAACAACUCGAUGGUGAGCCAUUUAAUAAGUAUUAUGCGGAUCUUCGAGAAUUGGUUAAGUCAUGUGAGCUUAAUACCUGUGACAAAUUAUUAAAAAUUCAAAUCAUUCUGGGAAUAUCUGAUAAAGAAUUACAAGCAAGGUUAUUGCGAGACGAAUUAACUUUAGAAAAAACUGUUAAGCACUGUCAAAUAGUGGAAGAGUCUAAAGUCAAUCGUAAACUUAUCCAGGAAAACACAAAAAAACUUCUCAACAUUGAGGCAGAGCAACAUAAGGGGUCAAAUCAGUAUAGCAGAGGAGUCAAGUCUAAUUUUCGAAAACCAACUCAACAUAAGCAGUCAAAUGGAAAAGGUGAUGGAAAGUUUAAAAAUAUAAUGGAGAAACAUAUAGAUCUACAACAUAAAAAUAUUAAAAUUGAGAUGGAAGACAACAAUGAAGAAGAAUUUACUGAUAUUGGAUACAAUAUUGACAAAAAUAAACAUAAAAACAAUAAUUUUCGGAAUGUUAGUGUUAAUAAAGAAACCAAUUCAAUAAUUAAAACUGAAAAAGAUGAAACAGUAUUUAACGAUUGUGUGUUUGAAAGCAAAAUUGAAAUUGAAAUGGUUCAUGCUACCGAUCCAAUAGAAAAUUGUAACAAUCCUAAUCCCACUGUUGGUGGACAGAUGGACAAUCGUGAAAAGGAAUACCAGUACAACAUAUGUAAUAAGAGUUUUCAAGACAAAAACAACUUAGAAGUUCACAAAUCACUUCAUGCAAAUAUCAAGAAGUUUAAUUGUAUGACUUGCGGUGAGCAGUUUUUUGAAUUGAAUGGUCUUAAAACACAUUUGAUGGUUCAUAAAGACAAUAAUAUAAAAUUGCUUGAAAAUCAAUUUACUCAAGAGUGCAAUGAUGUUGGUGAUAGUAAUAGUAAUUUAUGGACUGUUGUAGUUAAUAACGAAACCAAUACAAUAAUUGAAACUGAACAAGAUGAAACAGUAUUUAAUGAUUGUGUGUUUGACAGCGAAACUGAAAUUGAAAUGGCUCAUGCUACCGAUCCAAUAGAAAAUUGUAACAAUCCCAAUCCCACUGAACACGAAAUGGAAAUUGGAAUUGAAAAAGAAUAUAAAAAUGAUGAAAUGUAUAAUUGCGCAAAAUGCAGUUUACAAUUUCAUGAUCGUCCAAGUAUUAUAGAUCAUCUAAAUCCUCAUAUCGAUCAAUGUAUCAACUGUUGCAAGUACAUUGGUAGUCCGACUUCUUGUAAAUAUCCUGUUAGCAUCCAAGAACAUCCAAGAACAUCAUUUUAUUUUGAAUGUGAAGAAUGUUACAAUGAGUUUUAUACACUCAAGAGCUUUGAGAGAUAUCUAAGUGCGCAGAGUAAUAAAAAAACAGACAGACCAUACAAAUGUGAUAUUUGUCUAAAAACAUAUAUAAAUUUAUAUCACUUUGCUGCUCAUCAACGAUUACAUAAAGGUGCAAAACCAUUCGUGUGUGAUUUAUGCGGAGAAGCAUUUCCAGCUCGUUUACCUCUGAAUAAGCAUAAAAAAACAAAUCAUACAUGUUAUAUUUGUAAUAAAUUCUUCAAUGACCCCAAAGAACUUAAUGUUCACAAGAUUACUCACGAAGAAUUUAAACUGAAUCAUUAUGCGUGCAAAUUGUGUGACAAAGCAUUUAAAAAUCAACUAACUUUGGACCGACAUCAAUUAACUCAUCAGGUCGAAAAACCGUUCAAGUGCGACUUUUGUCCCAAGGCUUUUACAAGAACUGAUUGUCUGGUAAAUCAUAGAAGAAUACAUACCGGUGAAAAACCAUUUAAAUGCGAUUUAUGUAAGAAGACAUAUCCCCGAUUUGGUUCACUAACUCGACACGAAGCCAUUGUACACAAUAAAUAA